AUGAUUAUCCCAUUCAAGGACAUUCAAUCUCAGGUGGCUCAAUGCAAAGUCACUCAUACGGAUCCUCAUCAUUGGAUUACUACUACAAUGGACCAUGUAUGUCAAGUUUUCUUGCAUGCUCUGAUACUAGUAACACUUAUUAGUUUAUCACCUCAGCUAUCACAGCAGGAGUUACAGAGGACAAUGAUCAAUAGAAUGACUGUAUGGGUAUCUUUUCAGCUAGAUAUGUACUAUUUCUUGUUGUGGCUAAUUAUUUUGUACAUCAAUUGA